AUGCAGAGCUACUCUUCAUCUUCCACAUCGCUCCACGAGCAAGCAGCGGACAAAAAAUCCAAGCGCAAGCUCUUGAACCGUCUCACUCUGCGACCGAAGACGGCGCCGACGUCGAACCGCAGCAGCGCCUUUGGAGCUUCGCAGUCGGUGACGUCGCUCGCUCUGUCAGCCGAUGGUGACAUGCCCAGCAGCCGACGGGCGCUCGACAUGUUCUCUUCAAGCCGCACUGUCGACGCGUACGCAACGAUGCCAUCCACACCCAAGUCGCCCAAGUUCUCCCGCUCCAAGUCGUCACAUGAUGUCCGCUCUGCGCCUUCCACGCGCUCGACGUCGGCAUCGGUAGCGGCGAUGGGCUCGACAGUUGCGCCACCCGUUCCAGCGGUCCCCAAGACCUACCUGAUCUCGGACGAAGUUUUCGUUAUCGCAGCACCUCCCGCCAAGCUUUCCGAAAAGCACGCUUCGGUGAGGAUGAGCAAGAGCUACAGCUCACCCUCCUCCCAGUCGAUGGCCCUCUCCUCCUCGACUCAAUCAUCGGGAAGCUGGGUCGAGAACCUUGGCACGCCCGCUCCGGAAGAGGUUCCGGAUUUCGAAGAGGCUCUUCUGUCGCUGACGCCCGAAGAGUCGGAGGACGCCGGUCGAUCGAGCCUCGACGCGAUCGACGACCAGAUCGUGCUCAACCUCUGCCUCAACCUCUACGAGGAGGUGACGCCCGUCGAGUCUGUCCCUUCCUCCGAGAGCGGUGAUCUCACCCCCAAGAUGGAACGAUUCCACAGCCGGGCUGGCAGCGAGACCGCUACACCGCCGGUCCCCUCGAUCCCGGCCAAGCACGCCCGUCGGCACACACGCACCGCCUCUGCGCCUCUCUCUCUUGGCCCCCUGCCCCCGCAGCCCUCGCAGCCACCCACCCAGGCGGUGCUGCGCAAGACUGACGAUCUGAAGAAACGCUACUCCAAGCAAAGCCCCACUGCCUUCUCCGUCCCGCGCUUCGCCGAGGUCUCGCGCUCGACACCUGGCACGCCCAAGCUGGACAGCAUUUCCGAUCUCAAGCAUCUCGAGCUGGAUCUGUCGCUCGAUUCACGCAUGGCGAAGCGCAAUCAUCAGAGAUCGCUCUCGCGCGCUGCAUCGGCGACCAAGCUCGAGACGUCCUACUUUGAUCUGCCGCCGCAAGCGCUGGAGGAGGAGGAAUACAUGGUCUCGCGCUGGUCCGAGGAUUCGGAUGGUGAUGAUGCCCGACGUAUUUUCUCACUGCUUGGGAGCGUCAAGUUGCCAUCGGUCUUCUCGCACUCGAACAGCGAUGUUAGGAGUGGUGGAUCCAAGACACCGGAAAUGAUCGCCGCUCGCCACUCCUCCUCCUCCUCGACGUCGUCCUCGGUGUCGGACCUCAGCGAGUUGACCCCGACAGUGAGCAAGGAAGAAGUGUUCGACUUCUCCCGUCAGUCCUUGGACUACAGGACCGUGUACGCCCUCGCCCAGGCCUAUGCUAAAACUUCGACCCCAAGCCAGAAGAGGCAACCCUUGACGAGAAGCGCCUCCCACCGCGGACCCGAAGUCAAGAGGAAUUUCAGCAAAGCAUUGAGGACUCAAGAUCCCCUCGAUCGCUCAUACCACCUUCGCAAAUAG